AUGAAGGGUUCUUCAGAAUCUAAUUCCAGAGGAGUAAACAUCUCUGGGGUCUCAGAGUCUUUACCAGUUGAGAGAGAUCGUACUAAGUCUUUGUCUCACAUUGAUUAUGUCAGAAGCUUACUUGGUUCACACAAAGAAGAUAACUUGAGGCUUGAUGAUAAUAACUCUAUUGCUAGAGCUUUGGGAUGUGAAGAUGUUAGCUUGCGUCAGUGGCUAGACAAUCCAGAGAGAUCAGUGGAUGCGUUUGAGUGUUUUCAUGUUUUCAGACAAGUCGUUGAGAUUGUGAAUGUGGCUCACUCUCAAGGCAUUGUUGUUCAAAAUGUUAGACCGUCUUGUUUCGUUGUGUCUUCCUUUAACCAUGUCUCGUUUAUUGAAUCCGCUUCUUGUUCGGAUUCCGGGUCUGACGAGGAAACAACAACAAAGUCUAGAGAGAUUGGUUGCUCAAGAAAAGAGGAGUUUAAGCAACGUUUUCCUAUGAAACAGAUCUUAGCUAUGGAGAUGAGUUGGUACACAAGUCCUGAAGAAGAUAGUGGUUCUCCGAGUAACUGUGCUUCUGAUGUUUACCGUCUUGGUGUUCUUCUCUUUGAGCUGUUUUGCCCUGUCUCCUCAAGAGAAGAGAAGUCAAGAACUAUGUCUAGUUUAAGACAUCGUGUUCUUCCACCUCAGAUACUGCUCAAUUGGCCUAAAGAAGCUUCUUUUUGCUUGUGGUUACUUCACCCUGAGCCUACCUAUCGACCAUCGAUGAGUGAGUUGCUACAAAGUGAAUUUAUUAAUGAACCUAGAGAGAAUUUGGAAGAACGUGAAGCUGCGAUAGAGCUAAGGGACAGAAUCGAGGAGCAGGAGUUACUGCAAGAGUUCUUGAUGCUGAUUCAACAGAGAAAGCAAGAAUCUGCAGACAAACUGCGGUACACGAUUUCCCUUCUUUCUUCCGACAUUGAUCAAGUCGUAAAGCGACAGCUGAGUUUGAUGCAAAAAGGGAACGAUAUACCUUCGUUCUUGCUCUCAAGAAAACGUAUUAGAAAAGGAGUUGGGACAGUUGCAACAGAGGAGGAGAAUGAGGAAGCUAAGCUUGAUGAUGAUAAUACUCUAGAAAGCACGCUUCUUGAAAGCUCACGGUUAAUGAGUAACUUCAAGAAGCUGGAAUCAGUCUACUUUGCAACAAGAUACAGGCAAAUCAAGGCUGAGAAACCGUUGGCUAGAUAUUAUCCCGCGUUGAGUAGUGACGGUAGAAGUUCAGAGAAGAGUUCAGUAAGCAACCUUACACAGCCACUCAAAGAUCCCAUCAACAAUGAUUCUAGAAGACAAGGAGGCUGGAUCGAUCCGUUCCUCGAGGGUCUGUGCAAGUAUUUGACUUUCAGUAAGCUAAGAGUGAAAGCUGAUUUGAAGCAAGGAGAUUUAUUGAACUCUUCUAACCUCGUUUGCGCUAUUGGAUUCGACCGUGAUGGAGAGUUUUUCGCCACUGCUGGUGUCAACAAGAAGAUCAAGAUAUUCGAAUGCGAUUCGAUAAUAAAAGAUGGCCGAGACAUUCACUACCCUGUUGUGGAGCUAGCUAGCCGGUCUAAGCUUAGUGGUAUAUCUUGGAACAGUUACAUUAAGAGCCAAAUCGCAUCAAGUAACUUUGAAGGCGUGGUUCAGGUGUGGGAUGCUGCAAGAAGCCAGUUGGUUACAGAGAUGAAGGAGCACGAGAAGCGUGUAUGGUCCAUUGAUAUUUCAUCAGCAGAUCCAACAUUGUUAGCAAGUGGUAGUGAUGAUGGUUCUGUUAAGCUAUGGAGUAUCAAUCAGGGGGUUAGCAUUGGAACCAUCAAGACAAAGGCAAACAUAUGUUGUGUCCAGUUUCCGACAGAUUCGGGUCGGUCUUUAGCAUUUGGUUCAGCAGAUCACAAAGUUUACUACUAUGAUUUGAGGAACCCCAAGCUUCCUCUUUGCACUAUGAUUGGUCACAACAAGACUGUGAGCUAUGUCAGGUUUCUAGAUUCGUCAACACUUGUGUCUUCUUCGACUGAUAACACGCUGAAGCUAUGGGACUUAUCAAUGUCUGUCUCCGGUGUAAAUGAAACGCCUGUUCACUCAUUCACGGGACACACUAACGUAAAGAACUUUGUCGGACUAUCGGUCUCUGAUGGGUAUAUAGCAACAGGCUCCGAGACUAAUGAGGUUUUUGUGUACCACAAGGCGUUUCCAAUGCCGGUUUUGUCAUACAAGUUCAAGAACAUAGACCCUGUGUCGGGACUCGAAGUAGACGAUGCCUCGCAGUUCAUAUCUUCGGUCUGCUGGCGCGGACAGUCCUCGACCUUAGUCGCUGCAAACUCCACCGGUAACAUCAAGAUUCUGGAGAUGGUAUGA